AUGAACAAGAACACGUUGUUCUACGCGGGCCAGACGAAUGCCGCUCCCAACCUGGAGACCAUUGACCAAAUCCAUGCCAAUUGGUCAGCAGAUUACGAUAAACUGGAGGCAAAUCACAAUUACAUUCAGUGGCUUUUCCCUAUCUCCGGUUCGAGUGGAGUCAAUCCAAGAGCUCAGGCACUCCAGAAAGCUGAAGCUCAAGCGAUCAUGAGCAAUCCUGCUUCUCGUGCACGAUUCAUGAAGUCGUAUAAGAUGAUGCUAGGUUUCUACGGCAUGCGACUGGUCGACGAAAGCACUGGUAAAGUUCAGCGUGCGGCCAACUGGUCAUCGAGAUAUUCUAAUCUGACAGCGAGAACACACAACAAUCUGCGCAUCACUCGCAUUAUCCAAUGCAUGGGAGAAAUGCCCGGCAUGGCAUACUUGCAGGUACCGUUUUUGGAACACCUCAUCCAUGAAAUUGUGCAAACCAAGGCUCUGAGGAGUCUCCUUUCAUCGUGCAAGAACUAUUGGUUGAUGUCAAUAGCCGAUCCAGUAGCUAUACAGAGACUGUAUCAACUGAUGCCGUAA